AUGGAAAAUGAAUACUUGAACGUACAAACUCUUAACGAAUUCAUGGUUAAUGAAUUGAUGAUGGAAAAUGAAUACUUGAACGUACAAACUCUUAACGAAUUCAUGAACGUAAAAAGUCUUAACGAAUUCUUGGUUAAUGAAUUGAUGAUGGAAAAUGAAUACUUGAACGUACAAACUCUUAACGAAUUCAUGGUUAAUGAAUUGAUGAUACAAAAUGAAUUCUGGAACCUACAAACUCUUAACGAAUUCUUGGUUAAUGAAUUGAUGAUGGAAAAUGAAAACUUGAACGUACAAACUCUUAACGAAUUCAUGGUUAAUGAAUUGAUGAUGGAAAAUGAAAACUUGAACAACGUAAAAAGUCUUAACGAAUUCUUGGUUAAUGAAUUGAUGAUGGAAAAUGAAAACUUGAACGUACAAACUCUUAACGAAUUCAUGGUUAAUGAAUUGAUGAUGGAAAAUGAAAACUUGAACGUACAAACUCUUAACGAAUUCAUGAACGUAAAAAGUCUUAACGAAUUCUUGGUUAAUGAAUUGAUGAUGGAAAAUGAAUACUUGAACGUACAAACUCUUAACGAAUUCAUGGUUGAUGAAUUGAUGAUGCAAAUUGAAUUAUGGAACGUAGAAACUCUUAACGAAUUCUUGGUUAAUGAAUUGAUGAUGCAAAAUGAAUUCUGGAACCUACAAACAUAA